AUAAACAACAAUAAACACUCUGCUUCUCUAUCUCUUUCCCGUGCUCUUGCUUCUCCUCACUGCAACACCACAAAAUUCACCUGAAUACCAAGUUACAAAGUUACGCCGAGAUACAAAGUUACAGAUGCAACCGGAGAGUUGUGGCGGCGGAGGUGGAGGUAGCGGAAGUGAGCUGAACCGAGUAGCAGGACUGACCCGCUUCCUCUCUGCUCCGUCGACAUGGUUGGAAGCGUUCCUCGAUUCGGAUACCGAGAACGAUGUCGUUCUCGACCCUCCUAUGAUUCAAUCUCCGAGAAAGCCUCCGCCGCAUCCACUCUCCCAACCCUUGCCUACACCAUCAGCUCAGCUCAAGCAGUCGCCUAUCGGCGGAAGUGGCUCCAGAUACACCGCCGAUCUGGGUCUGUUCUCCGGUAGCGGGGAAACAGCUCCUGGAGUCAGUGAUUUCGUUCGACAGAACAGCUCUCCGGCGGAAUUUCUUUCACAGAUCAGCUCAGAUGUGUACUUCCCAAGCUUCGGCGUUCCAUCCAGUUACGACUACGUAUCUUCUCCCAUCGACGUGUCUCAGUCUGCUAAACGGCCUAGAGAGGCUGAUUGUCAGAGUCCAUCUUCGAAAUUAUCGUCUCCCUUGAAAGGAGAACAUAGUAGGCGUUUACGCAGUGCUGGAGGCUCUUUGGAUGCGGAAAUGGAGAAAAUGAUGGACGAUUUGGUUCCAUGCAGGGUUCGAGCAAAGCGUGGUUGUGCUACUCAUCCCCGAAGUAUUGCAGAGAGGGUAAGACGGACACGAAUAAGUGACAGGAUAAGGAAGCUUCAGGAGCUAGUGCCUAAUAUGGAUAAGCAAACUAAUACAGCUGACAUGUUGGAAGAAGCGGUAGAAUAUGUCAAGUUUCUACAGACACAGAUUCAGGAACUGACCGAGCAUCAGAAGAAAUGCACUUGCUCAGUGAAUGAGCAAUGAGACGAAGAUAUUGCCGAGGAUGAUUUCCCGCAGUAAAUAGGCAAUAAUUUGAAGUUUUGCAUCUCAGAUAUAACUGUCAAACUCCUGCGCACGUCUACAUUGUUGGCACUAGAAUGAUCUGUAGAGUUCAAGCUCAGUCAGCUCCAUCUAUCUAUUUCCUAUUAUCAAGAAUCUGCAUUGUUGUAUUUCUUCUUGUAAAAUGCUGUAUAAAGUUGUUUCUUUGAAUAAGAUGGUCAUAAUAAAGCUCUAAGAUUACUAGAAUCCG